AUGAACAAUAUUUCAAAUCUAAUAGGAUAACGACGAGAUUUAAAACAAUCUAAAUAGUCUCCAUCUAAUAAUAAAUAAACAUCUCAAUAAAUUUAAAUAUAUGAUCAAUUGAAGAAUUCCUUAAAAUGUGACUGUUAAAAACAAAAUAAUAAAGAUUACACUCAAUAUCAAAUAUUUGAAUAUAAAACUUAAAAAGAACUUGAAUUUUUAAUGUAAUAUAUCUAAUAAGCAUGUAUUCAUAAUCCUUAAUGUAUUCAUGAAUAAUUAUUUGAAAAAAAUUAACAAAAUAAAAAAUUCAGAUAAUUAUGCGAUUUUCGAAUUGAUUGGACUAAGCUUAUUAUAAAAGCUGAGAAACAAUUUGAAAAAGCUAUUGUCAAAAAAUAAAUGGCUAUCAAUUAUUAACCUAAUAAUGAUUGCUUCAAAAUAAUUAUCUUAGAAGCCAUAAAUAAUAAAGAAAACUCUCUUAAAAUGCUUAUCGAUAAAUCAAAAUAAGAAUUAUAAUUUAUAGAAUAUGCUAAGAGAUUAGCCAUUAAGUUAUAAUAGAAAUUGGAUUGUCCAGAAUCAUUAUUAUGUUAAUUUGAAGAUGUGUAAAAUCGUAAGAAAUACAUUCAUCCUCCAUCUAUUUGGUCGAUUAUGAAUUGUUCAUGUAAUACUACUAGUAUAAUUUGA